AUGUCCAGUCCAGCAGGUCCGAAACGCAAUGCUAAUCAUUUGACCACUCCACCGGUUGACACGAAGAAGCCGAAGAAUGGCAGCAUCACAUCCUUCUUCCGUCCUCCUAAGGCCAAGUCUGCCGAAUCCAAAUCAACGUCCACCCUCUCGUCCAGCUUCAAUAAACAAAAAUGGGUAGCGUCGUUAACCCCGGAACAGAGGGAGCUCCUGCAGCUUGAAAUCGAAACGUUAGAUGAGAGCUGGCUGUCUCAGCUGAAAGAAGAGUUAGUGACACCCGAAUUCCUAGCGUUAAAACGUUUCCUCCAAAAGGAAAAGCAGUCUGGGGCAAAGAUAUUUCCCCCAGAGAAUGAAAUCUAUUCUUGGUCCCGACAUACCCCCCUUCACAAGGUGAAGGUAGUGAUUGUCGGGCAGGACCCGUACCACAACGACAACCAAGCACACGGUUUAGCAUUCUCAGUCCGGCCUCCGACUCCUGCCCCUCCCUCCCUGGUCAACAUAUACACGGGUAUAAAAAAUGACUACCCAUCCUUUCAACGACCCCCUAACAAGGGAGGUCUUCUAACCAUAUGGGCUGAGCGCGGGGUAUUGAUGCUCAACACCUGCCUAACAGUCCGCGCGCACCAGCCUGCUAGUCAUUCGAACAAAGGGUGGGAACGCUUCACUCAGAGAGCAAUUGAUACGGUAGCCAGAGUGCGAUCUCGCGGAGUGGUCUUUCUUGCAUGGGGUACACCUGCAGGGAAGCGUGUAGCAGGCAUUAACCGACAGAAGCAUUCCGUGCUUCAAUCAGUACAUCCUAGUCCUCUCAGUGCAUCUAGAGGCUUUUUUACCAACGGACAUUUCAAAAAGUGCAACGAGUGGUUGGCUACACGUUAUGGUCCAGACGAGGUCAUCGAUUGGAGUCUGACGUCGGGAACAAAGACUAGCGUCCCCCUUGCUACAAUUCAAAGCCCUUCUGCCCCGGCUGAAAAACCAGCGGACUCUGUUACAAAGAUAUCUGAUCCACAAGCCUCAAAUACGCCCGACAGAACAACCCAGCCCAUGAAAUCCCAAACUACAGAUGAGUUCGAUGACGAUGUCGAUGCCCUCGAAGCUUUAGUGGCAGCAGAGACUGCAAGCUAA